GCCCUGGAACCAACCCAUCACUCAACAGAGGAAGAGGAAGACCCUGGAACCCAGAUAGUUUCAGAGGAGAGAAAGAGCGAAACAAUGGAAGGUUCCUCGGAUAAGAAGAUAACCCAACCUCUCUCAAGACCAAAGGGUGGCUUCCGCACCAUGCCUUUCAUCAUAGCAAAUGAGGCGUUUGAGAGGGUUGCAAGCCACGGGCUUAUGCCAAAUAUGAUAUUAUACUUGAUGAAAGAGUACAACAUGAGCACAGCAACUGGAACCAGUAUUUUGUUCUAUUGGUCUGCACUAACGAAUUUCAUGCCCAUUAUUGGUGCUUUCCUUUCCGAUUCUUGUCUGGGUCGGUUUGCAUUGAUCGGACUUGGGUCCAUCUCUAGCCUUCUGGGAAUGAUAUUGCUAUGGCUAACAACCAUGGUUCCUCAAGCAAAGCCUCUCAGUUGCAAUGCACCCUCUGAAAGGUGCCAAUCUCCAACGCCAGCCCAACUAGUUCUCCUGUUUUCCUCCUUUUGCCUCAUGUCUGUUGGAGCUGGAGGCAUCCGGGCAUGCUCCAUGGCUUUUGGUGCGGAUCAGUUGGACCAGAGAGAUAAGCCUGCAAAUAAAAGAGUCUUGGAGAGUUUUUUCAAUUGGUAUUACGCCUUGACCACCUUCUCAGUCUUGGUUGCCAUAACUCUUAUCGUAUAUAUUCAAGAUCACAUGGGAUGGAAAGUGGGUUUUGGAAUUCCUGCAAUUCUCAUGUUAUUAUCUACUCUUCUGUUCUUUUUGGCAUCUUCCUUCUAUGUCAAGAUGAAUGCCAACAAGAGCCUGCUAACUGGGUUUAUUCAAGUUCUCGUGGUGGCCUUCAAAAACAGGCGUCUGAUGUUCCCUCCCAAUAACAGCAACAGACAGUACCAUCACAGGAGGGGUUCCAGUCUUGUAGAGCCAACAGACAAAUUAAGGUUUCUAAACAAAGCCUGCAUCAUUAGAAAUGAAGAAGACUUAACCCCUGAAGGCACGGCUUCAAAACCAUGGAGUCUCUGCACAGUGGAGCAAGUGGAAGAGUUGAAAGCAAUAAUAAAGGUGGUUCCACUGUGGUCGACUGGGAUCAUGAUCGCAAUAAACAGCAACCAAUCCACAUUUCCAGUGUUACAGGCGAAGUCCAUGGAUAGACACAUCACCCCAAACUUUGAAAUCCCAGCAGGCUCUUUUGCUAUGUUUAGCGUUGGUACAUUGACGAUAUGGGUCAUCGUUUAUGAUCGUGUAGUCCUCCCAUUGCUUAAAAAGCUCACAGGAAAGCCACAUAGGCUUAGUGUCAAACAACGGAUGGGCAUCGGAUUAGUGCUCUCCUGCGUUGCCAUGGCCGUGUCUGCUGUUGUGGAGAAGGUGAGACGCAGAGCUGCUAUCCGACAGGGUUUGUCCGAUCAACCACAAGCCAUCGUAGAUAUGUCAGCCAUGUGGUUGGUGGCACAACAUUGUCUGACUGGCUUGGCUGAGGCCUUCAAUGCAAUAGGGCAAAUGGAGUUCUAUUACUCUCAGCUCCCAAAAAGCAUGUCUAGCAUUGCAACGGCUCUGUUCGGACUAGGCAUGGCUAUUGCCAACUUGUUGGCCAGUGUUAUAGUGAAGGCUGUGGAUGAGGUUACCAAACGAGGGGGAAAGGAGAGUUGGGUGUCAAGUAAUUUAAACAAGGGUCACUAUGACUACUACUACUGGCUUCUGGCUGUAAUGGGUUCAGUUAAUUUUCUCUAUUUUCUUGUUUGCUCUUGGGCUUAUGGGAGUUCUGAGGAACCAGUGAUGAGAGAUUCUAAUGAAGGUGCAGAGAUGAGAGUGAGAAACUUGUCCAGGUCUAGGGAAUUGAGGGUGAUUGCUUCACCUUGAUUUUCAUGUUCUCAAUACUCGGUGGGGAUGUGCUAUAGGACGUUGUGGGGGCACUCUUGUGAGGGGCUGAUUUGAAGUCGUCAUAUUAUUUGACAAAUGUACUUCAAGAAAUGUAAUUAUUGUAAAUGAUUCUCUUAUUUGACUUUGUUCCUCAAGCAAAAGACUCAAGCAUCCUAAAGAUGCAUUUCAUUGGACCACGUUCCCUCUUAUGCCAGGCUAGAUUAGUCGGUUCAAUCACAUCAAUGAUUGAUGUUGAGAUAAGUUACAAAAUGCCAUUAGGGUUUCUAACUACCAAGAGAAAUGAAACACAUAAACCCAUUAUUUCAAAGGUAAAGCACACUACCAAGAAAAGAAAAAUGAAACUGAUUGUCAAUUUAGAACUCCGGGGACAUAGGUGACAAGACGACAAUGAGCUCCACCAUCGGCUAUUAAAGAAGAAAAUUAAUCAAUACAUCUGGAAAGGUAUUGUAGAGUCUGGAGAUCCAAUCUCAGGUGCCCACAGUUUCACGGUUUCCGGAAAAUAUGUUGUUUCUGACGAUUUUGGCGUUUUAAUUUUGUCUUCAUUAAUAGAUCCAUAUGUGUAAGCACAGGUUACGUGACGCAGUUUUUGGGAUUUCACGCACCACCUAAUUUUAAACGUCUUGAUUCAUGCAAUUAUACAAGUAUCAUGCUUACGGAUGCCAGCUAUGGGAUGGCGGUUACAGCGUAGUGGUUGUAAUGUUGUGUGUUUUAUGAAUGAUGUACUCCAAUUAUGCUAUUACUGAUUUUUUGCAGUGUCUUUUGAGAACUUUUUCUAUCAAUUUCUUUUGCCGUUAUGUGUGGAUUGGAGGAAGGAAAUGU